CAAAGAGUACCAGAGGUGGUACAGGCUGUACCUAAAUCCAGACAAGAUGUCCCCGGAGAUGAAAAGUGCUGGUAAGAAGAACGAGCUCUUCCAGAUGGUUAUGGACAAUGGGUGCGACGAACAGAAAUACCUUAUGGCCGUGAGGAAGUGCCUCACACAUGAGAAGAGUACAAUCGAUACACUGAGCACCAUGAAAGUGCGCGAGAUGAGGACGGCUGGCUACAGCGAGGAGAGCAUUCAGCGCAUCGUCGCUUUGAAUGAGAAGAACAAUUGGUGGAGGGCGGAUAAGCUAUUACCAGACGUCAAAGAAGAACGCCGCUACGUAGCGGACGCUGGGAGCGAGAUGCAGAACAUUGUCAAGACAAGCCAGGCCAUGGAGGUAUCAGGAAAGGCACAGAUCUCGCGCGAGCAGGCCGAGGACCUGACGACUGCUGGCCUCCUGAGCGGCGACGUGCCGGGGAGCCUCUUCGAGAACAGCCUGACGGACUACCUCGGCGCUGCGGCUUCGAGCGCUGGAGGCCCGCCUGAAGGGGAGACCGAUGAAGAAAAGCAGCAGGAAAAGGAAGCAAAGGAGAAGGCAAGGGCUCAGAGGCUCGCAGCGCGCAGCCCACUUGAGAAAGCUCAGGACCUCAUGGAGGAGGUCUCCCAGAAGAGCGCCGAGGCGGACCGCUAUGCGCUGCGACGCGAAGGCACCCCCCUGGCGAAGCCGACCAAGGAUGCCCUGGAGAAGUUCGCGGUGGAGAUGAAGCAGCAGUACAAG